AUGGAUCAGAAAGUGACAGCUGUUAUCCCGGUGGACAGCCACCAUCGAUUCCUGCUUGAUCAUAUCCCCAAGCAGUACGUCUGGGUCGUCCGCGGUGACAGUGAACGCAAGCCAGUCGACUCAAUGGAACCAGAGCUCUUCGUCUCCAACCACUAUGAAAUCCUGAAACUCCUCCGCAUCCAUGAUCUCCACAAGUCGUCUCCCGCGCAAGGACUUUAUCUGGAGUGGUCCUUCGAUGGCGAGAAGCAUGCCUGGGACUUCUUCUUGAAGCUUCGGGCUGACAAAGACCUCUUGAAGUUUUGGGACGUCAACAAGAUGGCUCUUCUCAAAGACCUCGGCCCCGUCUUCACUGAGGCUUGGAAUGGCGGUCCUCUUGGCAAGUACUUGUCACUCAUGGUAUCUCGUCCUCUUCGCCUGCCCAACACGAAUCCCUGUGAGGGCUGUGUCGGCAAAUACCAGCGAUCCAGCGUGAUGCUUGAGGGAGGUGACGAUCGAAUCCACCUCAUGUGGCCUUUCUUUGGCUGCAAGUCCAUCCCUGGCUACAAGGGAGGAUCUUGUGGCAAUUGUCUCUGGCAGCAAGACAAGCCGUGUUGCUAUGCCACAAUCAACAAGGGUGAUUAUGGAUUUGACUGGAAGGCUUCGUAUGACCCUGAUCAGCAGGUCAAGAUUCCCGACCAGAAGAUUGGUCCAGGAGAGCGUCGUGGCUCCCAGUCCCUGACGAAGGGUCUGGAAGGUAGUCUGCGUAGCGCCUUGAAAGCUCAGCAGAAGCGAUAUGCCGAUGGUCGAAGAUUCGGCGACAAUAGAUGUGGAGAGUGA